AUGGCGCCUAUGCGCAGAAAAAGCCAUGGCAGCAUCAGAUCUCCACAUGUUAAGAGAGACAGUAAAUCACAAGUGGUUAUUGAAGGGUGGCUGUUUAAGCUAGAGGGAGGGGCUCUGAAGCAAUGGAAGCAACGAUGGUGUGUGCUGGCAGAUUUCUGUCUUUUCUUUUAUAAAGGUCCUCAUGAGGAGAAAAUUACAUCCUCAAUAUUGCUUCCCAGCUACAAAGUCAAUCCUUGCAGCACUGAAGAUAAGAUUUCUAGAAAAUUUGCUUUUAAGGCGGAACACCAAAACAUGAAAACUUACUACUUUGCUGCUGAAGAUAAAGAAAGUAUGAAGAGAUGGAUGAAUGCUAUGUCCCUUGCUUCCAUCAUGCAAAAAUUCGUGAAAUCUGAUCACUAUGACGCCACAUUCAGCUCAACUAGUAAUGACGAUGAAGAUUCGGGCUUUACCUCAUACCGUUCCAAACGCUUUCCUAACCAGAACAGAGCUAAUUCAAGUCAUGACUCGAGUUUUAGAUCCGAGCCCCUGAAGCACAGGUCGAACAGCUACGGCGAUCGAAUGGGGGAAGUUUAUCUAAGCAGUGAUGACAAAUAUCCAAAUAUGUACAAAAGCUCACCAUCUCACUUAUACAAAAUGCCAAACCCACGAGAACCUCCCGUGAGGCAGCCGCUAUAUGCCAACGCUCCUCCAAAGCCAAAAAGGAUGGCUUCCUCCGAUAGUUUUGGCAUGUAUCCCAACGAUUGCUAUGAUCCGAGGGAUAGAGAGUUUGCCAUGGAGGCUUCCCAGUACCAGAUGUAUCAUGCUGAUCCAGACAGGGGCAUGCGGUAUGAUCCUGAUGGAGGCCAUGAAAGCAGCAUGAAGUAUCAUCCCGAGACUGACCGCCAAGGACAUGAGAGAACCACGAAGUAUUUUUCUGACAACGAACCAGAAGAGAUUUCUGAUCCCUAUCGAAACCAACCACCUCGCCCUCGCUCUGCAGAUUUCUUAGAACGUGAUCCAGAUUGCUCGGUGAUUCCAAGCUCCAAUCGGUAUCAAGAGAAUCCUCAACCGCCUAGGCCCAAAUCCAGCCUUGAAUGUUACAACCGCUACAUGGACUCGGAAGAGGGGGAUUUUGAUGAUUACCGUGAAGCUGUCAGGAUGCAAGCAGAUCAGUUGUAUGCCAAUAAAAAUCUGGACAAAUCGAGAAGGGCAUAUGGCUUUAGGCAUCCGGACCCAAAUGCUACCAUGUCGGACCAGAGACUUAACAUUCAUUACGUCGGCAAUAGUCAAUUCGAUGAACAGUCUUCAUAUACCACGAAAGAUUGUGACCUUGUUGAAUAUAGACAAGAAAUGAACGCUUUGUAUGGAGAAAAAUACGACAAGAUGGUCGAUGAUUCUCCUACUAAUAAAGUGCGUAAAGAAUCCAUGCAGAGGCUGCUUGAAUGGAAGCAGAGGAUGCUGCAAUCUCCCCUUUCGAGAAAGAACCAAAUACGCUCCAAUUCUUCUUCCGAUACCAGUUCGCCAAUGAAUUCCCCGAUGAAGUAUCAACAGCAAAGUGCACAUUCGUACAGGGGUAGGAAAGAAUUGAACAACCGUAAUGCCAGUUUUCACAAAAGUGGCACAACUGGUAGAGAUGACUAUGUGUAUUCAUCGGAAGAUCAGAUGAUUUCUGGUUAUGACUCAGAACAGUACAACAGCUAUAGAAAACCCUACAAGCCACAAACACCUGCAGGAGCUCAAUAUAACGAUCAUAUCGCCGAUAAUCCCCAAACUCAUAACUCGGUACCUAAUGAUAGAAGUAAUUCAAAUUCAACUUUGCCUGAAAAUAGUGCCAAUAAUUUGUACAAGCAAAAUGUCAUGUAUUGUGUGGAUUCAGAGAACAAUGAAAUUCUUUUCUCCUAUGAUGAUAAUUCCCCAGCUGACUGUAAUGUUUCGAGCACUGUUCAAAGUAGCCAUUAUCCGCCCAUGAUGCAUUCUUUCAGCACGAUGCCAAACGUCAGCGACAUUGGAAAUGAAUCUCAAAAUCAAAGUGCAUACGAUGGGGGCAAUUCUCUUACCAGGACAAGCAGGAAUAGAAAUGGCAGAGAAGAUUUUCACAAUUCUCCAAAAGUUUUAUCCCGCCAAGAAACUACAACAUACUCUUCAGAUGACGAAGAUAUCGAUGAAAAGAAAAACAGAGGUAUGCAAGAGAGGCAAGAUGCAGAUGCUUGUGAGGAAGUAGUACCUAACAGAUAUCAGUCCUCUUCUCCAGACUAUGUCAACAUUGGGGCCAUGUCUCAGGACUAUUUGAAUGACGACUGCGAAGAAAUGUUUUCUUCUCAGAUAUCAUACAAAGAUUCUGUUAAUCAAGCUGUGUUGAAGCCUCUCAAACAAGUAUCCAAAAGUUUAUAUCCUGAACCUGAUGAAAGAGACAGUAAUAUCACACAGUCUGUGAAUACGAGACAUAGUUCUGAUUCUGUAGCUUCUGACUCUAAGCACCGUAAAGUGUCGGUUCAUUCGGACUCUCCCAAGUCGAAAAUUGUCAAUGAUAGCUUUGACUCUUUUGAUGAUGAAAUGGAGUUUGGUAUAAGACGUGAGGACUAUUAUCGUGCUUCACAGAUAUUUUAUUCUUCUACACGAGGGAAAAAUAAGACGGUAAAUCCGCAGAAAAAGGAGUCGUCUAGCACAGUUUAUCCUACUGAUGUCAAACAAACACCCAAUAAGAACUACAAUAAAGAUAAAACUUUACAUCUGUUAAAUCUCGAUAAAGAUAUCGGAUUGCCAAUAUGUGAUAAAACUGCUACUAAAAACAGAAUGCAAAAUCCAAAACCCAAGGAAACAUUUGAACUCGGUGAAGUUACAAAUGAUUUCCGUAAUAAAGAAGAAAUGGAGAAAACACCAGAAGAUCUGGUUAGAUUAAAGCCCCUUUUCAAUCAAGUAAUGACUGAAUUAACGGAAUCUGUUUCCGAGAAGGAUCCAGCUGACGGCUAUGUCGUGAAGCAUGAGGCGAAGAAGAACUUGAGCUAUGAAGAAAUGAGAGGUCAGCUGUUGCGGAAGAGGGAGGCACCACCUCCAAAUAUUGUGCAGGAUCGAAUUAAGAAGUUCGAAACAGUGGAGACAGUUCAGAAGAAUAGCAAAGCGAAGAAACCAGUUAAUGAAAAAUCUUCUAAAUCUUCUUCGAAUACUUGCUAUGUUAAAGAAAAAUAUGUGAAUCGAGCAUCAGUUAAAAGGAAUCAUUACAAGGCCAGUCGCAGCCGCAAUAGCAAACGCAUAUUGCACAGCGAUUCUGAAGCUGUAGUGAUUGAAAACACUGAUGAAAGCUCUGAUGAUUUGACUAUGAAAUCUGCACCCAUUUUGCUUUCGCCAUUUUCUUCCGUGUUAGCGGAUUUGAGGAAAACAGCAGAUUCUGGGAAAGACAACGAAUCGUCAAUUGACCAAAUCGUGCCGAUUACAUCUAUGAAAGAAUAUUUUUGUGCAUUUAAUGAGCCAUGUUUGAAAACUUCUGUGAGUGAUGCCACACUGAGCAAAACUAAGGAUUCUUCUAUGGGUGAUGUUUGUAAGAGUUAUAGUACGCCAUCAAGUUCUUUCAAAAUAGCUGAUGAAGUGGAAUAUCUUCCUAUGUCUGGGUUAAAAGAAGUGGAGGAGCCAGAAUAUGUUAUGAUGAAUGGCAAUAAAUUUCUCCCAAAUAGUGCACCUGAGAGUCAUUCCAAGGUUACCGUUGAAGACGAGCAUGUAUACAAUGAACCAUUUUCGCCCCCACCGAGUUUUUUACACGAUGUUUAUGAAAAACAGAAAAUGAAGCAGUUUCAAUAUGAGAUGAAAUCUAGCAGUUCCGAAGAAUCCCUGACUGAAAAUAUAUAUGAGAAACCUAUGCAGAAGUAUGCCUCUGCGAAGAGUUUGAAAUCCGAGUAUUCUAUGAAGUCGGUACAAGAGACGAAUUCUGUGCUCAUGAGCAGUCUCUCUUGCUCUAAUGUCACCAGUGUAGGGCAGCCACAGCAGGGAAGCGAGAGUAGCAGUUUCCGUCCAAGUUCAUCUUCUCGUAAUAAAGUCCACCAUUAUGAACAGACACAUUUAAGCGUGUCUGUACCGGAUUUACUACAACUGCAAGAGAUGAAAGACAGUGAUGCAUCCGAUGCAGAUGAUGAGGCUAGUCGAGACUUUGACACCACGGGAAGUGCCCCUUUGCCAUCCUAUCAAACAUCUAUCUUACAUCACUUUUACAAUGAACAAACAAAACAAGAUCUGCAUUCUUCCUUUGAUUCAGAAAUAGUGUCAUACACCCAAGAAGAGCUUUCACAUUCCACUCAGCUUCACUGCAACCAGCAGUAUAACAUAAUGUCACCGAAUCCUGUUUUAUUGAAGAAGGACGCUAAUUUACCAAGAGUGAAACCUCUUCCUUCGUAUGAAACUCUUUCGAAUGUUAAUUCUGGAGUAGAUUCUUCUUUUAUGAGCCCCAACUUGGAACUUUCUUCUCAAGAAACCGAGAAUAACUCGCCUGAUAACGAAAAGAAAAUUCAUGUGAGGAAGCUUAGGGUUUACACUAAAGGUAAAAAACCGGAAGCGCCAAAAAUUUUCCCAGUUCCUUUCAACGUGGAAGAAUCUGAACUUAACAGAAUAACUGAGAGAAAAGAUGGGAAGCAUUCCAGGUAUGAAAAUGUUAAUCCCAUUUCAGGGGUUCUUGCAAGUGUUCCGCUUGUUGUUCCUGACCAAAAUAAUUGUUUGUCUGAAAAUGUUGCAUACCUCUCAAGAGCUGAAGCAAGCAGUUAUUCAUCAAUGAACCCACCUAAUGUAUUGCCAAAUUCUUUUGCACCAGACGUUGUGCCUACUGUUCAGGUGCAUGACCACGUGCCAUCAGAGAAACUUUCUUCUCCUUCCUCAAAGUCGCCAAAUUCUGCGCCAUAUUAUUAUUCAGAUUUGUUUGGCGACUUCAAAUUUGCCAAUGAUAUGCCAUAUUUUGAUAAAGUAAGCCCACCAAGAAACAAUCCAGCCCUUCUAAAUAAUGUCAGAUCUGCUAGUCCGUAUGCUUGCAAAGGAGACGUAGGUAGAAAAGUGAACAAGAUCAAUACUAUGUCGGAGGGCGACAAUAAUCGAGCUGCCAUGAAUGACAUGACACCAGGAAAGCAGUGGAGAGGAGAAGCAACUAAGAGGAAUCUAAAAUGUGCCUUAGAUAUGUUCCAGUGCUCUGAGUCCAAGUAUUUAGAUGCCGAAAAAAAUAAGUAUGAAGCUGGACACACUUUGGAAAAAACAAGAUCCAAUAGCACCAUGUCAUAUUUUAAACAAAGGUCAUCAACACCGGAUUUAAACUCUUGUCAUUAUCAGUCUGAUGAGCCAGUCUAUGAAAAUAUCAUCUUCCAGCCCAAAGAGAAAUUACAGAGGAGAUUAUCCCAGUCACUUGAAGGAAUACCAAAUGCUAUUGAUAAAGCAAUAGAAGUUGAUGGACGCAGCAGUCCUGUUUAUGAGAAUAUUGAAUUUUUCCAUCAACUUGAAGCAUCCUACUGCGUUGAAUCCGCUUCUAAAUCUGAGAGUAUAACUCGGGUUUCUGAAAGGGGUUCUUGUGAGAGGCAAAUCGCCAAUUCAUGUGGCUCUCACUUAUUUCCCGAGAAGCAGUUUUGUGACCCGGUUGUACCCGAAUCACAACAGAGAAGCCAAUAUGACAGAACCCGAGCAAUUGAAAGUGACAGGGAUUUUUUAGAUCAGAGUGUCCUUCGACGGGUUAGUGCGCAGCACUUUUUUGGACAGAACUCCAAGCAGCAAAGUAUACCGACUGAAAAGACAACGGUAACUAAUAACUGCGGUAGCAUUGGAGUUUCAAAUUCAAACAAUGUCUUGGGGAGAAAUUCUGUGGAAGAAAAUUUGUAUGAUCAAAUAAAGGACCCAUCAAAAUCAUCAGAAUACAUUUGUGCACAAAGAAAUAGGUUUAUUGAUUCAGAUAGCACUUCCCUAGCCACAUCUUCAUGUGAUGAAGCAUCCGUUGAUUCUGAUGGGAGGUACAGAAUGGUUGCUACUAGGAUGAAGUCCCUUGGAAUUUCUGGGAGCAUAUCUGAUUCAGAUUCUAUUGUUCGAGAGUCAAAUCAUCUGAGGAAACUAGUACAACAAUCAGAAGGUUUAAUGUGUAAAGGAAAACGUCUGAGUGUUUCUGCUGGAGAUCUUCUAGGAAAAACGCAUGAAGAAUUAGUUCUGCUGUUAAUCCAGCUGAGAAGAAAUCAGGCUAAAAUUUUAAAGGCUAAAGAGAAAUUAGUACAUCAGCUGGACAAUGAGCACAGAAAACCCCAAACAAUCCAUCAAGGACUAUCUCAAAACUAUAGGGAGCUUCAGCGGCAAAUACAGCAACUAGAAACUCAGUAUGACAUUACCAAGCCAUUGGUAACAUUGGUCGAUAACAUGGUUAAGUUAGGAAGCCUCUAUGGAAACAGUAACAGAAGAAGUUUUUCUCUCCCAUUGUUGGAUUCAUCACAGGAUCAACAGCCAUCCAAUGCAGAAGUUUCUCCAUCCAUGGAACAAUCUUCAACUGGGACGAGUAUUCUAUCGAAAUUGCUGACUGGGGAAAAUAAUCUACAAAAGCAUAUUGCUGAGAUCUACAGUUUUGAUGAAGAUUUGCGACAUGAAACAGACUGCAUUUUAUCACUUAUCCAAGAUAAGAAAGGUUCUCAAAACAAAGAAGCAGAAUUGUCUGAAAUACAAAACAUGCUUGAUGAAUUGGCUAACCACAGGCAUCGAAUCAACAACAAUUUUGAAAAGUGUAAAUGUGAUGCACGAUCAAGCAUACCAAAAGGUGCAGAAGUUCGAGCCAGUCCAACUGGAGUUGCGGGUUCUGCACCACUUCCACUCCGUAAAAAGCACCACAGCACUUACCUAGAAACUGACUUGGACACAAUGACAUCGAGAGAUUUAGCUGUUGCUCAUGAGCGUGAUAUGGAGGACAUUCCUGUCUAUGUGAAUGCUGAAGAGAUAAAUAUUCCAAAUGAAAAUGUUUCCAAAGAGGAUGUCCCUUCAGGCACGGUUCCUUCAUCAUUAGUAGGUAGCAAAGAUUCCGUGCAGUAUUCCAUGCAAGAUAUAAACGAAGCUGAUGAUAGAAUGAAGCGUUUUUAUGGAAUUUUGCCAAAAGAAAAGCCUUGCGAAAUCAAAACCGUUCGAAUUGUGAAACGUCAGUCGGAAAAACGCAGUCGAGAGCGAGACAAGAAAAGGGUUACAUAUGAUGAUCAAUCCUCUGUAUGGGUUGUUGAGGAACCUGACGUGUCAUCAGAUGAUCUGCUGGAUGUUGAUGAAGUUGUACGGAAAGCUACUGUAGUGCCAAGUACUAGGCCAACAUCAAUCAAUUUACUGAGUUCAAAUUCAAAUCGAUCUUCAAAUCCCCAGUCUGCUCAUGAAAGACUCUUUGGGAGUGGCUCCAAGAAAGAAAAGCCAGUCAUACAGCAGGAGAGGUCGUAUUCCAACAAAAAGUCAAAAAGAAGGCAUUAUACUGUCAGUGGCUAUCAGUAUAUGUUAGAUCCUCAGUUUGCACAGUAUUUCAGAGAGAGGCCUCGCUCUAGAGAUGAUGUGGAUAUGGAAAGAUGCCUUCGCACUGCCAAUACCCCAGACAUAGUCAGAAGUACAAUUAAGAAAAAUGAUGUUUAUGAUGACAAGAUAAUAGAAAGAGAGCUGAUGUUGCCUCAAAAGAUAGAGAUUCCUGAAAGGUAUGUGGAGGUGGAGCCAGAACGUCUAUCAGCAUCCGAAAAACUAAGACGAAGCCAAAAGGCAGAAAAUAUUUGCAAGAUGCUGUCUGAGACGACCACUAGCACCUAUGAAGAUGUUGUCGAGGAGAGGAGCAAAUCCCCGGAAGCCUUUCAUAAAAAAUUGUCCGAAGAAAAGCGUAAGAGAGCCCACCUGCUGUCCCUGAACCGUGCACUUGCCAGGGAAGUUGUGGAGAGGAGUAAAGCUGUAGCAGCCAAUAUUUAUAGUCCAGAUAACCAAGCUGAACCCUGAGUUCUUGCAAGUCUGGAACACAUGAUGAAGAAGCCCCUC